AUGAAGCCCAUUCGCGCCCUCCUCCCCACCCUCCUGGCCGCUGGUCGUGCCGCUGCAAUGCCUCAGCGCGCCGCAUCCCAGCACCCACUGCUCGACGCGUCGGCCAAGCAAUCCGCCCAAACUCUGGGCGUCGGCCACUUCAGCGAAUGGAGCCGCCAGACCAAGAAGGAGUUUUUGAUUGACUGGCAGGCUGGAAAAGAGUCCGACUGGAUUCUGGUCCAAGGCAAUGAGGGCGGUGACCUCGACUCGAUGACGGCAGCGCUGACUUGGGCAUACCAUUUGGAGCAUGCCACCAUGAACUCGUCCAACCCCGUCAAGGCCAUUGCCCUGCUGCAGACGCCCUCGCACGCCCUCGACCUGCGGCCCGAGAACAAGCUGGCACUGGCCAACUCUCAAAUGACGCGCGGCCAUGAAGACCUACUGACUUUGGAUGAGCUGCCCGAGGACCCAGAGACGCUGAGCACCAAGCUCAAGGGCAUUGUGCUGGUCGACCACAACGCCCCCCUCCGGAAAUGGUCCCAGGCCAAGAUUGUGAGCCUCUUCGACCACCACAAGGACCGCGGCACCGCUCCGGACGCUGAGCCUCGUAUCUUCGAGACGACGGCGAGCUGCACCACCAUUGUCGCCCGUCAGAUGCUCGACGAGCUGGAAAGCUUGGACCAAGAAUACCACAUGCCUCAUGAGCUCCUCGAGCUCAUCCUCAGCGCCAUUGCCAUUGACUCGGGCGGUCUGUCCAACGACAAGACCACCAAAGCCGACAUUGACACUUCGCGGCGCAUCCUUGCACGUAGCAACUGGAGGGCACGAGACUUGGACGACAUCAUGGAGGACCUCGACGACGAGCUCUCCAAGGCGCAAAAGGACAUUGACCAUCUGAACCUGUACGACCUGCUGCGCCGCGACUGGAAGUCCGACGUCAUCGACACGCCUUCUCCGCGCACCCCCACCGUAAGCGUCGGCUUUGCCUCUAUCCCAUACUCCAUGGACGAGCAGAUUCUCAAGACCGACUUCCAAGAGCUAUUCGACUGGUUUGCAGUACACGCCGCGUGGACCGCCCAGGCCGACGUCGAUGUCUCCGUCUCAGUCAACAAGUACAAGAAGAGCUACAAAGACGGCACCAAGGAGAAGAUUCGCGAGGUCGUUCUUGUUGUUAGAGAUGACGUGCGCAUCGACCAGGACCAAGCCGACUCGCUGUUUGCCGUGGUCAAGGAGGCCAUGGAAAACAAUGGCCUCGACAUUGACUUCCAGCCAUGGCAUCGGGCCGAUGAACUCGCGCCGAGACAAAUGGUUUGGGUACACACAUCCAAUGCUGGCCGCAAAGCCAUUAGGCCGCUUGUUGAAGAAGCCGUCAUGGGUUGGGAUUGAGGUUGCUUGAUCAACGACCAGAAACGACAAAAGUUAACCCU